AUGGUUGGGGCGCACGGCACGCAUCCGCGGCCGCCGAUGAUGCCGGCGCGGCGGUAUUCCUCGGCGCACCAGCCGCUCAGCGAGAAGCCGGACUUCUGCGAGGGGUCCACGCUGAAGGAGCUUGACAAGCAGGGCCGCGUUGUUGGUCGCUUUCGCUGCGGCCGGCUGCUCGGCCGGGGCGGGUUUGCGAAGUGCUACGAGGUGGAGCAGGACGGGGAGUCGUACGCGCUCAAGGUGAUUGACCGCGCCAUCCUGCAGAAGACCAAGACGCUGCAGAAGCUGCACUCGGAGAUCUCGAUCCACCGCCGCAUGAAGCACAAGAACAUCGUCAACUUCAUUCGCACCUUUCAGGACGACUGGAACGUGUACAUCUUGCUAGAGAAGUGCAGCAACCAGACUCUGAUGGAGAUCUCAAAGCGCCGGCCGCGCUUCACCGUGCCCGAGACGCAGCAUAUCAUGCUGCAGUCGCUCGCCGCGAUUCACUACAUGCAUGGCCAGGCCGUCAUCCACCGCGACCUCAAGCUGGGGAACAUGAUGAUGGACGCCGACAUGAAUGUGAAAAUAGGCGACUUUGGCCUCGCAGCGGAGCUUCAAUACGACGGGGAGCGGAAGCGGACGAUUUGUGGCACGCCCAACUACAUUGCCCCCGAGAUCAUCGACAGCGCCCACGAGGGGCACAGCUACGAGGUGGACAUCUGGUCCCUGGGCGUCAUCCUCUACACCCUGCUGGUGGGGGAGCCGCCCUUCCAGACCUCCGACGUCAAGGCGACCUACCGCCGCAUCAAGCAGUGCCGGUACGAGUUCCCGCCCCGGCUGGAAAUCCCAGAAAGCGGGAAGGAGCUCAUCCAUCGCAUUUUACAGAGCCGCCCUGAUCAUCGUCCGACGAUUGUGGAGAUACGCAACCACGCCUUCUUCCGCUCCCCAACGCCCCCGACCAGCGCGCCGCUCUCGCUGUUUCACUUGCCACGCCGCCGCACGGAGACGGAUGCGCAGCCGCAGCCGCCACGUAGGGAGUCUGACGCCGCUGGCGGGGCACCGCCGCAGCGGGAGGUGCUGCGGCCGCUCAGCGUGAACACCUUGGCGACAGCGGCGCGGCAGCCGGCCCGCACUGAGACCAAGCCCCAAGACCUCUUCUACGGUACCACGCCCGCCACCGCCCACAACCCGAAGCGGGUGGCGAUCUCGGGCGACGCGGCCUGCGUGGACUCUGCGCGUCCCUUGCCGCAAGCAGUGCCGAAGGGGGAGCGACGUGCAACGACGCCCCGGGUGGCGCAGUAUAUGCUGGAAGAGGAGGAGCGGGACCACCUCACCGCCGUGCACGAUCACCUGCACAAAACUCUCCUCGGCGCGAUCGAAGUUCACUGUGAGGAGCGCCCGCACAUGCCCCCGCCGCGGACUGCAGCCGCAAGGGCGCCGAGGCCCAUUCCCCCGGCGAAGACAGGCGGCGGCGGCGGCGGCGUAGUUUUGGCGGAGGAGGACGAAGAGGAGGCGCAGGACGCGUUUCCGCUCCCAUCCGUGUGGGUGACGGACUACGCCGAUUUCUCCGCCAGGUACGGACUCUGCUACCGGCUGAGCACGAGCCACACCGGGGUGCACUUCAACGACUCCACGAAAAUGGUGUGGGAGGCUAUCACGGGCCGUGUGGAGUACUACGCGCGGAUCAAGGAGGUGGUGACGCGCAACAACGCCAAAUUUGUGCACGCGCGAGACCAAAGGCAGUCGUUUCACAUGGAAAGCUUCCCCGAGAGCCUAAAAAAGAAGGUGACGCUGAUCAAGCACUUUAGGUUCUACCUGUCGCGCGGCCGCAAUGGGCGCGAGGGGGUGGAGGUGGUGCGUUGUUCGCCGUACGCGGAUCAGGAACCCGUGCUGCUUAGCAAGCCGAACAUGAUUGAGAACAUUGUGUACGUCAAGCGCUGGCUGCUCACCCCGCACGCAAUGAUCUUCCGUCUCUCCAACAGGACGAUUCAGGUUUGCUUUCAUGACAAGGCGGAGAUCAUUCUCACCUCGGAGUCGCGGGUUGUGACGUACACCGACGCCUCGGGGCACCGCGUCACACUGCCGCUCUCCUCAGCUGCCUCGCGCUCGGAUGAAAUUUCGACGCGGCUGCUGUACACCAAAGAAAUCCUCUGCGAACUCAUUCAAAACCGCGAGCUGUAG